AUUUAUUCCCAAAAGGUAACUAAUGCGCAAGUCCUUCUAUUGUCACAAUUCUAUGACUCUUUGCAAAAUCAAUAUUUUGGAAAAUUUGUGGAAGCAAGUUUGGAGUUUCGAAGGCAGUCAAAGAAAUUGUUCUUAGCAUCACUAGUGUGAAAAGGCCAAAUACGGCUUCUGUAGAUUGUUACAAACUCCAUCCGAUCCAGCAAAGCCAAAUACUUUGGCCGAAACCGUUCCUUCUCAAUAAAGUGGCGCUCGAUAACGGUAUCAAAACGCAGUCCCGAGUGCAUCCGAGUCCCGGUAGUGCUCGCACGCUCGUGUGGGCACUACCUCUGACGGCAUCAUGCAACAUGGUGACGGAGGAAAACGAUGAACAUCCGCACACCGAAGACGAGAAGACGCCAACUCAGGAGCGUGAUAGCAAUCUGUUGGCACGUUCCGAUAGCACCGAAAUACUGAUCCAGAGUAGCGUCGAUGAUAUCUUCGAUGUUAUCAAGGCGGGCGAGCUAUCUGAAGUUGAAAACCUCGUGGAAAAAGUAGGACCAGAAGCUCUUAGUGCACGUGACAAACAUGGCUAUACUCCGGCACAUUGGGGUGCACUGGAUGGAAACGUGGAGAUGAUGCGUUACUUGGUGGAACGCAAUGCACCAGUUGAUUUGCCAUGUUUGGGGACACAAGGUCCACGUCCUAUUCAUUGGGCCUGUCGCAAGGGUCAUGCUGCGGUAGUGCAGGUUCUAUUGCAAGCUGGAGUGGCUGUAAACGCUGCUGAUUUCAAAGGAUUAACUCCUUUGAUGACAGCAUGCAUGUACGGAAGAACCGCAACGGCUGCGUAUUUGUUAGGGAUGGGAGCCCAAAAUCAUCUAACGGACAUCAAUGGUGAUACCGCUUUGCACUGGGCUGCUUACAAAGGCCAUGCAGAUUUGAUUCGAUUGUUGAUGUACUCCGGUGUCGAUUUGCAGAAGACAGAUAAUUUCGGUUCAACACCUCUUCACUUGGCAUGUCUAUCGGGUAAUUUACAGUGCGUUAAACUUUUGUGCGAGAAACGAAACCUCGAACUCGAGCCUAGGGAUAAAAAUGGCAAAACUCCUCUUAUGUUGGCUCAGAGUCAUCGUAACAACGAAGUUGUAAAGCUGCUACAUAAUGAGUUGAAAAAGAGGAAAUCCAGGUGGAUGCCGCCGGUUUCGGAGAUAUGGAGUUUACUUUUCGGAGGUGGAGGUGCCUCGAAGGGACCAUUGAUUCUGUUUCUCUUCUCAGUGCUGCUUUGGGGCUAUCCAAUGUACAUGAUUAGGUGUAUUCCAAUAACAUGGAACAUUCUGAGACGCUCGCACUACUGUUUCAUCUACUGGAAUGCAGUGAUGUGGAUCAGCUGGAUUAUUGCGAACCGGCGAGACCCUGGCUACAUCCCAUUGAAUUCGGACACAUAUUAUAGAGCAAUCAAGCAGAUUCCUUACUUCGAUAAGUGGAAAAAGCGUAACGUGAUUUUGUCUAGACUUUGUCACAGCUGUCGGUGUCUACGGCCGCUACGUGCCAAGCAUUGCCGAAUUUGCAAUCGCUGUGUUUCCUACUUCGAUCAUCACUGUCCAUUCAUCUAUAACUGCGUGGGACUUCGUAACCGCAUGUGGUUUUUACUAUUUGUAUUGAGCAUCGCGAUCAACUGUUCAUUCACGAUCUACUUCGCGUGUUAUUGUGUAAUGAUUGAAGGAUUCAGUCUGUUAUAUGUACUUGGAUUGGUGGAGGCUUUCGUGUUCUGCGGGUUGGGUUGGAUUCUUACAUGUACCUCGAUCCUCCACGCUUGCAUGAAUCUUACGACUAACGAAAUGUUCAACUAUAAGCGCUACCCGUAUCUACGUGACAAGCGUGGUCGCUAUCAGAACCCAUUCUCACGUGGACCGGUUUUGAACUUGUUUGAAUUCUUCGUUUGCCUUCCGGACCGCCAGGACGAGCAGGACAUCAUGCUGGAUGAGAAUCUUUGAAAAUUACCAAACUCAAGCGUGAAAAGGAAACGGAUAACCAGCAGUUAAACUUGCGCAUUGGCAUGGCAUGCAAAUAGAACUCGCAAAUCCAAUUCUAGAGCUUUCCAUCACUGCUGCAACAGGGGCUUACGCUUGAGAGUGCUUACUAAACACGAAAAUAAUAUCUAGGAAAAAAACAUACGACGCUGUUACGAAGUUUGAGUUGAUUUCAAACUCGCGUUUGAAUGAUCGUUAAAGUCUUUGUUGGUUAUGAAAUAGUUUAUUGCGUAUUCUGUAGAAUGUCACGGUGUACACUGAGAUUUUAUUGUAUCCCAUAGAAUGCUUAAUUGUAAUGUUUCUAAUACGAAUACGUAUUCAAUUUACUUGUUUUUUUAUUUUCUAACGAAAAAAAAGAAUAAGAAAAAAAUAUUCGUGUAAGUAAACUUUUAUGUUUCUCACACUGUGAAUGUGUUGUUAGAAUUCAUUGUUGCGUUUUUUUACGUAUAAAUACUUGAUUUUUCGUACACCAUUUACAUUAUAAUAAAACGUUAGUUAAACACAUAGAGAAGUAGCUUUUUGGUUUAGUUAAACAAAAAAAAAAAAAAACAAAUGAAA